AUGGUUCGACCGAUGAAAUUCCGCUUCUUCGCGGUACUGUCCCUGGUCUUGGUGGUGGUGCAUUUGCCUAAUGUUUACACGUCGCCGCUGGAACUCUUGGAUCGUGAUCUCGAUGACCGCGAUGCUUCCCAUCGGGGUAUUGGACCUGGCAAGCUGGGCGCUGUUGCUAGUGAGAACUCGAUCUGUUCACGCCAUGGAACAGACAUUCUGGAAAAGGGCGGUAAUGCCGCUGAUGCUUUGAUUACGACCCAAUUCUGUGUUGGAGUUAUCGGGAUGUACCAUAGUGGUAUCGGCGGAGGAGGCUUCAUGCUCGUACACGCACCCAAUGGCUCCUACGAGUUCAUUGAUUUCCGCGAGACAGCCCCGGCAGCCGCCUUCCAGGAAAUGUACAGAAACAACACCGACGCUUCGAUCUUCGGCGGACUGGCUAGCGGUGUGCCCGGCGAAGUUCGCGGCCUGGAGCAUCUUCACAAGAACUAUGGGUCCCUGCCGUGGGCUACACUCUUGGAGCCCGCUAUCCGGACCGCCCGUGAAGGCUUCCCCGUCACAGCGGACCUAGUCAAUUACAUGAACUCGGCAGUCGGCGACGGACCUGACUUCCUCGUCAAUGACCCCACAUGGGCCCUGGACUUUGCCCCGAAUGGCACGCGCUUGGGCGUGGGAGACAUCAUCACCCGGCGGCGCUAUGCGGAUACACUCGAAGUUAUUGCACAGCAGGGCCCUGAUGCUUUCUACUCAGGCCCCAUUGCCGAAACCAUGAUUAAUGCGCUGCAGCGCGCAAAUGGCACAAUGACCCUAGAAGAUCUGCGCGACUAUGAUGUUGCUAUCCGCAAUAUCUCUCAGAUCGAUUACCGUGGCUACACAAUUACUAGUACCAGUGCGCCUUCUAGUGGUAUUGUCGCUAUGAGUAUUCUGAAAAUCCUCGACACUUACAAGGACUUCUUCUCGUCUGAGAAAUCAGUGGAUCUGAGCACCCAUCGUAUGGACGAGGCGAUGCGCUUUGGCUACGGCGAGAGAACGGAACUCGGCGAUCCUCUGUUUGUCAAAGGAAUGUAUGAAUAUGAGCGCAGCAUGCUGAACCAGUCCACCAUCGACGAGAUUCAUUCCAAGAUAUCCGACCUUCACACACUGAAUAUAUCCGCUUAUGACCCCGCGGGGCUGGAGAGUUUGGACACCCCGGGAACUUCCCACAUCGCAGCAGCGGACCACUCCGGUCUCGCGAUCUCGGUCAUCACGACUAUCAAUCUCCUUUUCGGCAGUCAAGUCAUGGUCCCUGAGACGGGAAUCAUCAUGAAUGACGAAAUGAAUGACUUCUCGAUCCCCGGAUCCUCCAACUCCUUUGGCUUCAUCCCUUCCCCUGCGAACUACAUCCGACCCGGCAAGCGACCUCUCUCAUCCUGUACACCUGCCAUUGUGACCCGACCCGAUGGGUCACUCUAUCUGAUCACCGGUGCCGCAGGAGGCAGCCGCAUCAUCACCGCCACGGUGCAGAAUAUCAUCCAUGUCGUCGACCAGGGAUUGACUGCUGCGGAAGCGCUGGCCAAACCGCGGCUGCAUGACCAGCUUGUUCCCAACCAGGUCACCUUCGAGUACGCCUAUGACAACUCUACUGUUGCAUUCAUGGAGUCACGGGGUCACAACGUUACCUGGGUUGCUCCUGGGCAGAGCACGGCGCAGGCAAUUCGUGUCCUGCCGAAUGGCACUUUUGAUGCUGCGGGAGAGCCGAGACAAUUGAGCUCGGCUGGAUAUUCUGUAUAG